UAAAAAAAAGUGUUGGUAAUAGAAAAGAGAGAAGAAGAAUAAAAAAAUAAAAAAUAAGAGAAAACACUUUUAUAGUUCAGUAAAUGUCAUGGGGUUCGUAUUUAUGAACAAGAUAGAUACACACAUUUAUUGUUCAAGUGAUCAAGAUGAAUUAGAGCGAUUCAAAACAUCCCUGUUUUUACUUUAUAUCUUGCCCUUACUUUAUAUUAUGUAUUCUCUUCUUACUUUACAUUUAGUAAAGAAGGGGAGGUACACUCAUCCGCAUAAAAAGGAUAAAAAUGUUGAAUGAUUCAU